AUGAUUAGUGAAGGAAGGAACAACCAUCUCCUUGACAAUUGGAAAUGUCUUGUUAUUUGCUGUGCCGUCAGCAUGGCCAAUUGUCAGUAUGGCUUUGAUACUGCAGCAGUCGCCGGCUUCCAGGCCAUGAUUGGCUUCCUCGAGGUCUUUGGUUAUAAGGACACAAAGGUCAAAACAGGAUGGAAUAUUGCCACCAAACCUCAGCAGCUGAUAUCCAGCUUCCUCAAUGUCGGAACCAUUGUCGCGGUGCUCCUCGGUGGGCCUUUUGCCCAUAAGUUUGGUCGCAAGCCAGCGAUCUGGGUUGCUGCCAUCGUAUCGAUGGUGGCAUGCGGCGUCCAGGUUGGGAUUAACAGCCUUGCAGGAUUGUAUGCGGGUAGAAUCCUCCUGGGAGCUUCCAAUGGAUUCUUCAUCCUGUACUCGAACACCUAUGCCGUCGAAGUCGCUCCUCCUCAACACCGGGCUAUCCUGGCGUCGUUCUUCGGAUUCUGGGUCAAUCUUGGGAGUAUUCUCGGAGCCAUUGCCGACAACUACAGCAAGAACCUGGAUAGCAGAUUGGCAUAUCAGAUUCCCCUAGCGUCGUUAUUCGCAAUCCCAUUCCUGCUCAGCAUCUUCAUGUUCUUCGUGCCAGAGUCGCCCCGUUGGCUUCUUUUGCAGAACAAACCGGAAGAAGCUCGCAGAGCGUUGGAGAGCCUUAGAGGAAAAUCCUUGAAGGCCGAGCUCUUGAAUGAGGAGUUCAUCGAGAUGCAAAGAGGGAUUGACCAAGAAAAGGAGCUGGCUUCGACAACCUCAGUCUUGGAUAUGUUUAGGGGUUCUGAUCUCCGGCGGACCAUCCUCGCAGCAGGAGCCAUCGCAUCGCACGCAGCAUCGGGUGUCUGGUUCACCAUUUCGUAUAGCACGUUCUUCUACCAAAUGGCAGGCAUCGACAAACCAUUUCAGGCGACCAUUCUACAAAAUUGUCUCGGAUUGAUCGGCGCCAUGUGUGGCAUGUUUCUCAUGCACAAAGUCUUUGGUCGUCGCCCGAUGCUUCUGAUCGGGUCGGCUGGUUGCUGUGUUUGCAUGUUGGUGAUCGGCUUGCUGAGCCUUGCUGGUCAUGGAAAGAGUGCUGGACAAGCGCUCGUAGGUUUUGCGCUGAUGUUCAGUUUCUUCUACAACGGCUUCACUGGCACAAUUACCUGGCCGAUCGCGGGUGAACUCGUCAGUUCUCGACUGCGAGUUUUCAGCGUAGGGCUAGGCACUGCAAUCAAUUACUUCUUUAAUUGGUUGAUAUCAUACUGCACGCCGUAUUUCCUGAAUGCGAACAAUCUCAAUUGGGGCGCGAAAUAUGGGUAUAUUUGGGCCGGAUCAAAUGCAGUUGCAUUCGUGUUCUUCUUUCUCCUUAUACCGGAGACUAAGGGGCGUUCAUUGGAGGAGAUUGACGAGAUGUUCGUUAACAAGGUGCCGCGUAGUCAAUUUAAGACUUAUCAAUGCGUCUCAUCAGAAAGGGCCCGCGAAAUCGCGGGGAAGGAGUUUGAUGAAGUUUCCAAGGGUGGAAUCACUGUUCAUGCGGAGAAGGUCUGA